CUACUCAACUUUCUUUCUCUCUCCUACUCUGCAUUCCUUGUUUUCUUUCAUAAUUUUCUUGGUAUUUAUUUCUGUCCCUCCAAAGCCACCUCUUCAUCACCACCCUCUCUAUACAUAGAAAACCAUACUCAUUUUCAUCUUCUCUAUCUCUCCCCUUUUCAUCAUUCUCUUACUUUAUUAUCCACAGUUUAUACUCAUCCUUUCUCUUACUUCUUAUCCUAACUAUCAGUUUCUUCAGCAAGCCCUCUGAUAAUGAAGAAAUUUAUAUUGAAACUGGAGGUGGAAGAUGGCAGAGAUAAGAGAAAGGCUUUGAAGAUCGUCUCGACUCUUCCAGGGAUUGAUAUGAUCUCCAUGGACAUGAAGGAUAAGAAAUUAACGAUAACUGGAACGGUGGAUCCAGUGACUGUUGUGAGCAAAUUGCGCAAGUUUUGGAAGUCGACAGACAUAAUAUCAGUAGGUCCAGCAAAAGAGCCCGAGAAGAAAGAGGAACCGAAGAAAGAAGAAGCUAAGAAGGACGAAGCCAAGAAAGAGGAACCCAAAAAGGAGGAAGGCAAAGAGGAACCGAAAAAGGAAGAAGGUAAGGAGGAACCGAAGAAAGAAGAGGGGAAAAAGGAAGAUCCCAAAAAAGCAGAAGAGCCCAAAAAAGAGGAAGGAGAGAAAAAGACCGAACAACCACAGCCUAUGGCAAUGGCACCUAAGAUUAUACCAUAUAGACCAUAUUAUCCUCCAGGGAACGCCUACUAUCCUCCUCAUGUGAACACAUAUUAUCCUGCGAUGAACACAUAUUAUCCUCCUCCUCCGGUUCACACGUAUUACAACCCCCCGAUGAACACAAACUACUAUGCUCAGCCAGUCGUGGAAGACCACAGUCCGAGUACUUGUGUCAUCUGCUAAAUCGGUAAGAGGGCAUAGCCAUGUUUCUUUCUUAUCAAUGGAAUUGGAUUCGUACCUGGUUCAUGCAAAUUUGAGAAGGUGCUGAAGAACAGAGAACUACCCCCUUGUGUAUAGAAUUUAAAUGCUUUAUCCUAAAUUGACUUCAGAAUGAAGUUGUGCUUAUACAAAUAAAUAAAAUUUUGAUGAACACCGCAAA